AUGUCAUGUAAAAUGAAAAAAACUUUUGUAACAGGUACACCCAAACCUUUGAAAAAAGUGCGUAUUCCAGAAUCAUUGAAACCUUCUAAAUCAAGUUCAAGGCAACAUGUAACAUACGAUUGUAAUAUAUGUAAAGGUAAAAAAGUCAAUCCACGUACAAAAGAAUCGCAUACGAAAGAAAGAGAAUUACCAGUAAGGAAUGAACCUUCCAAAAUGCAAAAACAAUUAAGCAGUCAUGGUGGUAAUAAAAAUAUUAGUUAUCCACUUGUUUUGAUUGAGCAGAUCUUAAAUAGUGACGAAGACCAAAAUAUUGAUGAAUCUGAUAUUAGCGAAGACAAUGAUGACGAAUUGGACAAAUUGGGAGAAGACGAUUCAGAACAACAUGUCGAUUUUGAUGCUCUGGUGUAUGAUAAUAAAAAUGAAGGUGUUGAAUCAGCAAUACCAGAUAUCAAUUCUGGUUUUACAUGGAUUAUAUACUGGAUUUUCAAAUUUCAAGAGAGAUAUCGGCUACCUAAUACAACUGUCAAUUCUCUUAUAAAAUUUAUUAGAUAUAUAUUGGUCUUGAUCGAUGGAAAUACAUAUUCAAAAUUCCCAAAAUCUUUGUAUAUGGCACGUAAAACAUUCAGCAUCAGCGAUCAGUUAAUUAAAUAUGCAACUUGUAAAAAAUGUUGCAAAUUAUACGCAAUAAAAGAUUUGCCUACUGAUAGACUGUAUCACUGUGCAUUCUAA